AUGAUUGCUAAAUGGAUACCUAUUCAAGUUAAAAAUCACGAGCUGCUACAACAAGAUCCUGAAUGUGAGAAGGAACAUGAGCAAUGGAAGGAUUUGGCUGCUGUGGAAGGCACACUUGAAGAAGCUGAAUUUCUAAACCCCUCGAUAUCUGACCAUUCUCCUAUCUUGAUAAAGUGUAAGAAGCAGCCAAAUAUCCAUCCCAGACCAUUCAGAUUCUAUACCAAUAUGCUGGAGCACUCUGAUUUCUCGGAUACUCUAAAAAAUGCAUGGGGAGGUAGUGAUAGGGAGUGCACUAUGAUGAAAGUUUGGAGGAAACUUAAGCAAUUUAAAAUGCAAUGCAAGGACAUGAAUGCAUUUAUGGCUUCCUAUGAACAAAAACUGAAAGCAUUGAGGGUAAAACUUGGAAUCUUGCAAACAUUUUUACAAACUAGCAAUCUAGAUCAUAGUACCAUAGAGCAGGAGAAGCAAAUUUUACUAGAGAUUGAGAAGUGGAGUAAUAUUGAAGAUAUUGCACUUAGACAAAAGGCUCGAGCAAUUUGGAUAGAUCAUGGGGAUGCUAACACUAAGUACUUUCAUGCCCAAUGGAAGAUCAGCUCCAGCCAUAAUUCCAUCUCAUCCAUUCAUACUGAUGCAGGGAUAAAAUUGACUGAUCCUAGGCAGAUAAAGGAGGAUUUUAUUGGUGUAUCCAAGGGACUGAUGGGGACAAAAGCUACUGAGCUAAGAGGAGUGAAUACUGAAGUGGUUAGGAAAGGAGUAUGUCUUUCUAUCUUGCAACAGAGAGAACUCCUAAAAAUUUCACCACAGUAG